UGCAUUUACAAGUUGCAACGAGCUUUUUUCUUUUCUUCCAAAUCGUCCUCCAUUGUCGCUUGAGAUCUGACUCAUCCGAGCAGCCAGAAUCCUUCCAACCCAACCCAGCGAGUGACUGUCCGGCCAUUGAAGCCUUUUAGAUUAGCUCCCCCCUCACGGCAAUUUAGGGCAGCGGGGGAAGAAGAAAAUGGAUCCGGCGAGUACGCCACUUGGCAAAUUGCUAUUGGAUGAGAUCACUCCCGUUGUCAUGGUGCUCUCCACUCCUCUCGUCGAAGAAGCUUGCCUUAAGAACGGCCUUUCCCUCGUUGAGAUGCUCAGCCCCUUCUGCGUCUUCAACAACAUUGACGUACCUGUGCGAACAGCGAGUGAUCAACCGUACCGGAUUCAGAAGUUCAAGUUACGAUUAUUUUAUGCUUCAGAUAUUCGGCACCCGAAUUUGGAGGUGGCGAAAGAGCGAUUGAAACAGGUUAUUACCCGGGCUGGGGAGAAAGAUGAUUUGUAUUCUGAACCCCCUCAAACUAGUAAUCUACUCUCCAGCUCUGAAUCUGAAAUUCAACCCUCAUGGUUUGAGUUUUUCAAUAAAGAACUCGUACGGACCAUGUCCUUUUCAGACCAUGAAGCUUUUGACCAUCCCGUGGCAUGCCUUUUGGUUGUUUCCUCGAAGGAUGAACAGCCUAUUAACAGAUUUGUUGACCUUUUUAACACCAACAAAUUGCCUUCUCUUCUCAAUGAUGGUGCAAUGGACCCGAAGAUUUUAAAGCAUUAUUUAUUGGUCCACGAUUAUCAAGAUAGCGAUCAAGAGAAAGCUGCUAAGAUUUUAACAGACAUGAGGAGUACCUUUGGCUUACAUGAUUGUCAAUUACUUUGUAUUAAUUCUUCUGACCAUGAGAUGGUUGAGCGUCAAGAUAAUCCUUGGGCUCCUUAUAAAUCUGGUGAUUCGCCUAGUCAGCGUCUUGGUUGCUUCCUUAACGUUGAUGAUUAUAAUGAGAUAAAAGAUCUUUUGCAAGAUUUAUCAUCUAAACACAUCAUUCCUUACAUGGAGCAAAAAAUACGAGCGCUGAAUCAAGAGGUUUCUGCCACGAGAAAAGGUUUUAGAAACCAAAUAAAAAACUUAUGGUGGAGGAAAGGGAAAGAAGAUGUGGCAGAUUCUCCUGCUGGCCCUAUGUAUACCUUUAGCUCCAUUGAAUCACAGAUUAGGGUUUUGGGUGACUAUGCCUUCAUGUUGCGGGAUUAUGAACUUGCAUUGUCGAAUUAUCGCCUAAUUUCUACAGAUUACAAGCUUGAUAAAGCCUGGAAACGCUAUGCCGGUAUACAGGAGAUGAUGGGUCUUACAUUCUUCAUGUUGGAUCAAUCAAGAAAGGAAGCAGAGUAUUGCAUGGAAAAUGCUUUUAAUACUUAUUUGAAAAUUGGGUCAUCUGGUCAGCAAAAUGCAACGCGAUGUGGUCUUUGGUGGGUAGAGAUGUUGAAGGCAAGAGAUCAGCAUAAAGACGCUGCUGUUGUAUACUUCCGUAUUUGCGAUGAGGAACCUUUACAUUCAGCUGUAAUGCUUGAGCAAGCAUCUUAUUGCUACUUGUUAUCCAAACCUCCUAUGUUACGGAAGUUUGGAUUUCAUCUUGUUCUUUCUGGUGAUCAGUACAAAAAAAGUGAUCAGAUUAAACAUGCAAUUCGCACCUAUAGAACAGCUGUUUCUGUUUUUGAAGGAACUACAUGGGGGCAUAUUAAAGAUCAUGUUCAUUUCCAUAUUGGAGAGUGGUAUGCCAUUCUUGGGAUGUAUGAGCUGGCUGUCAAACACAUGUUGGAAGUCUUGGCCUGUACUCAUCAGUCCAAGACAAUGCAGGAGUUAUUCCUGAAGGACUUUCUUGAGACUGUUCAGAAAACAGGGAAAACCUUUGAGGUAUUGAAACUUCAGUUGCCCAAGCUCAACAUCUCUUCACUCAAAGUUGCUUUUGAAGAUCAUCGAACUUAUGCGUCACCUGUAGCUGCUUCUGUUAGAGAAUGUUUGUGGCGCUCUUUAGAGGAGGACAUGAUUCCAUCCUUGCCUACUGCCAGGACUAACUGGUUGGAGUUGCAAUCAAAACUUGUCUCGAAGUACAGAGAAUCAAAUGUUUGUGUGGUUGGAGAAGCUGUAAAGGUGGAUAUUGAAUUUAAAAACCCUCUGCAAAUCCCAAUUUCCAUCUCCAGUGUUUCCCUGUUAUGUGACCUUUCCGCAAUAUCCGAUGAAUUGAAUUCUGACGCACUUAGCUCAACUGUGGGGCCUCAGAAUGAUGAUGGCUCUAGCAAUUUGACCACCAAUAGGGAUAUGAGCUCUGAAAAUUUCUCAUUUUCUUCAUCUGAGGUUGACUUUUCAUUAGGAGGGGGUGAAACAACUCUGGUGCAACUAAUGGUAACUCCCAAAGUUGAAGGCAUCCUUCAAAUUUCUGGUGUUAGGUGGAAGUUGUCAGGUUCAGUAGUUGGUCUUCACAAAUUUGACUCGAAUAUGAAGAAAAUUACAAAGGGAAGAAGGAAAGCUAAACCUCCCUGUGACAAUCUAAAGUUUAUAGUGAUCAAGAGUCUACCCAAGCUCGAGGGCUCCAUUCAUUCUCUGCCCGAAAAGGCAUAUGCAGGAGAUUUACGGCAUCUUAUGUUGGCGUUGAGGAACCCAUCAGAAUUUACUGUGCAGAAUUUGAAAAUGAAGAUUAGCCAUCCUAGAUUCCUGAACAUUGGGAGUCAUGGAAAUCUGAAAACAGAGUUUCCGUCUUGCUUAGAGAAAAAGAUGGCUUCUGAGCAAAGUGGUGUUCAUGCUAAUUCUAAUAACUUGUCUCAGACCGUGUUUCUGUUUCCCAAGGAAACUCUAAUUCAAGGUGAAAUGCCCUUGUUGUGGCCUCUUUGGCUUCGGGCUGCUGUUCCUGGACACAUUUCCUUAUACAUUUCUGUAUAUUACGAGAUGGGAGAUAUAUCAAGCGUCAUGAGAUACCGUACUCUACGCAUGCAUUACAAUUUGCAGGUAUUGCCAUCACUAGAUGUGUCAUUCCAAGUCAGUCCUUGUCCAUCAAGAUUGCAAGAGUUCCUCGUCCGCAUGGAUGUUAUCAACAGGACUAGCUCAGAGAGUUUCCAUGUUCAUCAGUUAUCUGCUGUUGGGCACCAGUGGGAGAUUUCAUUGCUUCAGCCUGUUGAAGCCAUAUUCCCUUCAGAGUCUUUAAUGGCUGGUCAAGCGUUGACUUGUUUCUUCAGGCUAAAGAGUUGUAGGAAGUCAUUAACUUCCACAGACAAGGUCUCUACCCUUUCCCCACUCCUUGGAAGUGAUGUGAGUUUGCGUCCUGAGGGUAGUAAUGAACCACUUUUUGAUAUUUCUUGCUCACCUCUGGCUGAUUUCCACCUUUGUGAAAGAUUGCACCAGAAAAUGUCGCAUCAGGGAGACCCAAACGCAGUUGACUUCAUAUUGAUCUCUCAGCCACUGAAGGAUAACAUCACUCCUGGGAUUGCGGAUCCACCUCAUCUUUUUUCUCACCAUGCAUGUCACUGCAGUACUUCAAGCACGAGCCCAAUAUCGUGGCUAGUGGAUGGGCCUCGGACACUAUUUCAUGACUUCUCUACAUCCCUUCGUGAAAUUAAUUUAAAGAUGGUUAUUUACAACUCAUCAGAAGCUGUAGCAUCUAUAUGCAUAAACACCUUUGAUUCCACCAGUACUAGUGGCCAUUUAAGUGAAGGAACUGCCGAUCUAUCUACAUACCCUUCUGGAGACCAGACAGGGUGGCAUGAUGCUUCAGUUGUGAAUAACAUUAAAGUUACAUCUGACGUUCAUGUUGGAGCCCAAGUUGGAAAGUCGUUGUCACUUGAGAGUGUUCCCCCAUUCAUUUGGUCGGGGGCAAGCUCAACCCGAGUCCAGCUUGAGCCUAUGUCCGCGACCGAAAUACCUCUUCAGAUUUGUGUAUUCUCACCCGGGAUAUACGAUCUGUCAAACUAUGUUUUGCAAUGGAGUCUUCUAUCCUCCGAUGAUUCGGGAAAUCAGGAAGGAAAGAGUCAGCAUUCAGGAACAUGCCAGGGGUAUCCCUAUUAUCUUAGUGUGCUGCAAUCAGCUUGACGUUUAAGCUUGUGUAUUCUGGUGUUGUAACUUCGACCCUGUAUAGUGCUUUUGUGUAUUUUCCACAGCGUUAGGAAUUGUUAAAAAGCCAAUCUAAAAGGUAGGGAAGCAAAAUCAAAAUUUUUUCCUUGAAAUAAUAACAGAAGUUUAAAAACGAAUUUAUUGUAUUGACAAUUUUUUAAUAGAGAAAUAUGAGUUAUUUUGAUGCUUCGGGCAA